UGUGGACGGUGAUCAGUCUCUGAGUCGACUCAGUCCUUCCACGUUGAAAAACGUUGAUUUAAAACCUGCAGUGUAUUAUUAAAGGCCUUCUAAUCAUAUUGGCCGACAGUCAGUCACUCUCUGGUGGUUUUUUAUUGGCUGAGUGGACCGUCACUCAGAGCGAAUGACCCCCCCCCUUCUGCAGAGUCAUCUAGAAAAGAAGAGGGCCUGCAACACUCCCACUUCUCAGCAGCACAAGGAGGAAUAUAUUUCUGCAAAGAUGAUGAAAGGGAUGAUCAUUAAAAACAUGUCCUUCAAAGUUGGACAAACUCUGACUGUUGUUGGAGUGGCUAAACCUGACGCUACUAAUUUUGUCUUAAAUAUUGGUCCUAACGAGCAGGACAUCACCUUUCACCUGAACCCUCGCUUCAACGCCCACGGAGACGAAAACACAGUCGUCUGUAACUCGUAUGAAGGAGGCUGCUGGGGUGAGGAGGUCAGAGAGGGAGGCUUCCCUUUCCAACAAGGGGAGGAGUUCAAGAUCGGGGUUGAAUUCCGACCCACUGAGUUUGUGGUGACCUUAUCAGAUGGAUCCACGAUCUUCUUCCCCAACCGCAUGAGUGCAGAGAAAUACUCCUUCCUCAGCUUUGAGGGCGAAGCCCGCAUCACAAGCAUUGAGAUCAAGUAGAUUUAAAACUUCUUCUGGAUUCAAAUCUCUUUUUUCUUAUAUUUUUGCCUCCAAACUUCCAGACGGCUGCAUGUCAUGUGCUACGUUUACUAACAAAGUCAGAAAUUGCAAAUUUUUAAUGUUACUGUACUCCAGGCAUUUAUGAAUUCUCUAAUUUGUUAAAAUAAGAACAUGUCAAACAUCAGAUGCUUCAGUGUUACUUCACCCUUUAGUUUUGAUGAGGUGACUUCCAAAUCUCUUUUCAUUUUUCAUCUUUUCUUUGACAUUCCAUCUUUGUAAUAAAGUAUUUUAAUUUUCUGAACCAUCGUCCAAUAAAACACAUUUUUACCAAGU